CGGGAAUCUUCAAUGGCUGUCUUUGGCAAUAGGCGAAACACUGGACGAACUGAUACGAUUUCCGGAUUAGACAGAGGUGUCCCAUGCAAGUGUGAAAGGUUCUUGGUUGACAUCAAAAAUGUCUAAAUUCUAAAGCCACAAGUACCGAUUCUGCCGGUUGUACCAGAGGGAGCAGAUUCUAACAACACCAGCAGUUGGUCCCCCCUGUAUGGGGGUGGCGCCAAGCUCGACAAGGACGCCAUCCAGAUAAUACAUUGCAUCUACUGUAAGGACUGCCGCAUGGAAAAGCAGGCUGCUGAGCAGGCCAAACUGGCAGCCGGGGGUGGGGGCGGGGAGGCUGACUCGACAACACCCCCCACUGGACCGACCAGCCCACAGACGUCACUGGAGGAGUUCUCUCUGCAGCAAAGCAUGGACAAGAACAAAGAAUCCCUGAAGAGAAAGUUGAUGCUUCGCAGGUCGGUGAAUGAACUUGUGGACAGAGGCAUCUAUCCCCCGUUGAAAACUCCACCAGCUUUUGCAGAGCAGAGAAAACAGCUGGAAAGAGCAAAGACCGGGGACUUGCUGAGACACAAGAUUCAGACUCGUCCUGACCGCCAGUCUCUCGUCCAGCAACACAUCCUAGAAGACACCAAAAUCGACCGAUCUUUGCACGAGCGUCAGAGACUGCUCAAACGGGCGCGCCUGGCUGACGACCUCAACGACAAAUUGGCACACCGACCAGGUCCUCUCGAACUGGUGGAGGGUAACAUCCUUCAGUCGAGCGAAGAGCUGGUGGAAGCUAUUAAAGAUUUUGUUAUUGCAGACGGCUUGGUGUCCUACUCCAAGACAGAUGGCGAUGAUGUUCUUAUGCAGCCCAACGUGUUUGUGUUUGACGAGGAGAGUAUCAGUGACGGUGUCCCUUCCCCGCCACAAGAUGACUACAGCAGCCUGUCAGACAUCAGCAGCCCCAACUCCAUCCCACCCGCCCCGGAACUGACACUGGCGAUACAGAGGAGUCCACCAGGACCAGCAGUGAUCAGCAAGAGUUCCUCCACAGGACUCCUCACCACUCACACCUCCAGCUCGCCGAAAAACAACUCCAGCUCGGGAAACAACAACAAGUCCAAGCCAAAGAAGUCAAAACCUAAGACUGCACCGAAAGCUAAGGUUAUAAAAUUUCACGAAUACAAGGGUCCACCGAGUGUUGCCAAGAGUCAGGCGAGCACUACACCUGUGGUCAGCAGCACGUCGACAACCAGCAACGUGAGCAGCACGACCACCAGCAGUGGUGGCAACAACAACAACAGCAGCAGCAGCGGUGGGAACAAUGCCGGGGUGAAUAACAAUAACGAAACUCCUUACCACAUUCUGCUUCAACAGCAACAGCUGUUCUUGCAGUGGCAGCUGGAGUUCCAGCAGAAAAACAUGCCAUUCCUACUAGCCCAGCAGAAAGUUGGUCCUGAUGGGCAGCCACUGCAAGGACUGCCAGGUCUGCCUGCUCAGAGCAUUGCAACGAAUGUUGUUGUUCCAGCACCCGUGAUCUCAUCUGCCCCGGCAGUAGUGUCCACUCGUGCCUCGGUUCUGCCCUCUACAAGUAUCAUUCAGACUUCAACACAGACUCAGGGGUCCCUUCCUCAGGAAGCCCACUCCUCACAAACUAUGCAACCUAGUGCACAGCAGCAUGCAAGGCAGGUGAAUCACUCACCAAACAAUUCAGCUUCUCCCAAGCUGCUGACGGGAAAUCUUGAAGACUUGAAAGUGGCCGAUCUAAAGGCAGAGUUAAAGAAACGUGGACUACCUGUGUCUGGUCCCAAGCCUCAGUUGAUUGAGAGACUUAAACCAUACACAGAGGCUGCAGCAGUGUCUUUCACAUCACCCGCAUCAUCUGCUACUGCUCACUUGCAAGAUAAUUCACUAAAGUCUAUAGUACCAGUGUCACUAGCAGGAUCUAUAUCGAUUCUGGACGCAAACAUGGUUUCGCCUCCUUCGUUUCAGUCAAUGGGUUCUGUUGUUAGUGUUAAAGUUAAGGAAGAACCUUUGGCAAACACCUCCCCUCCAACAUCACCACCAAUGGCUGAGGGUGUUAUUCCCAUGUCUCCGGGCAUUAUAGACAAACAGAACGUGAUUAGAUUAAAGAAUCAAUUAAACUCAAGUCUUAGUUCAAUACCAAUGGCUGUGGAUACCUCCAGACCACCAUCGGUUGCUCCCCCGAGUGAAAUGACCACGCCUAUGGAUGUUGACCAGACCAUGGAGCUGAAGCCAAACAUCAGUGUUAUAGCCACUCCGAACAUCAACACGAGCAUUCACACCAUUUCCCCAACAGUCCAGCAACAGAUCCAGCAGAAUCAGCUUCAGCAGCAGAAACUACAGAAGACACAGCUUCAGUUGCAGCAGCUACAACAGCUCCAGCAGCAACAGCUGCUUGUCCACAAUGCAGCAUCUUUGGUGACUACAACUGCUUCAAAGACAACGAGCCUACCUCAGGUGAGUUCUGUGGACUUGCUGCAGCAGCAGCAGAAACACAUUGAGGAGCUGCACCGACAGCUGCAGGAGUCGCAGAUGAAGCUCAAACUGCAGGCGCUACAUCAGCAGCAGCUGCAGCAGCAGAACCAGGUGUUGUUGCAGCAGACUGUGGUGAAGCCCCCAGCAGCUGCUACCACCACACCGUUGAUGAACACCAUUCAAAUUCUGUCAGGAGAUGGAGGAAAACAGCAGAUUUCCGAGUGUGCCAAACCGCUGCGGGUUCCCACACAAUUGCUGCAGACGACUUCAGCUGUCCAGGGCCUGCCUCAGAGCAUCCCGGCUGUGAUUGUGACGGGCAACAUGAACAAGAUGAGUCAGGUGAACUCGAGUCUGAACUCCAUCCUCAAGUCAGCCACUCUUCACGAGAGUCUGAACCAUGGCAAGGUGAACACUGUGUACGGGACGAGCAACCUGCAGCCUUUCAUCUUCACCUCAACCAGCACAACGACCCCAGUCACUUCUUCCAUUCUGCUUAAUGGUAUCACAACUACAAGACCUCCCUCGCUGCCUAAUUCACCCAUAGAUGGACAGAAAGUGUUGACAAGAAGUUCCUCCAGUCCAUUCUUCAACCUCCCUAUGAGGGAGCCUCCUAAAUAUGAUGAUGCCAUCAGAAGCAAAGUGCAGCACAAAACUAGCCCGGUUAUGUUUGAAAAAACCCAGCGGACCAACCACAGCCCUAGUCCUAGCCCCGACCAGAUCACGAUGAACCACAAGAGUCCCAUGAUGGAUGACGUCCUAGAGAUUCUCAUCAGACAUGGCGAACUUCCUCCGAGUGCUGCUGACGAGCCGUUGCCGACCCCGAAGACGACGGAGCCGAUGGUGAUACCUCCGCCCGUGUCGUCCGUUCAGCAGAUGUCGGGACAACAACAACAGACUGGACAGAUACGCAGCAACAUCGACGUCACGCUGGCGUCCUCGGUUCCCGCGAUCACCAACAACAAUUUCACCACUCACAACAACAACAUAGGUGUCAAGAAGGACAGCUUGUCGUCAUUUGUCGUGUCGGUUCCUGGAACUAGCGACCCUUCCAGCUCCGAGCUGUUUGAUCUCACGGAAAUGUUGUCAUCGGGAACCGAUCUUGGUGCCAUGGACUGGAGUUCGGACGGAACCAUCACGGGUCUCGAUCUGUCGGACCCGACCACGACGAUCUCGUUUGACACCAAGGUUAGUGAGUUUGACAACAAGAACCUGCUGAAUGUUCCCAUCAGUUCGUUCUGUGCUCAGAACUUCACCGUGGGCAGCGCGCACGGGUCGGAACCGGACCUGGCGUCGCUGGGGCUGUCCGAGUGUGAUACAAACAGCAGCAUGCAGAUCGAUGUGUCAGACUGGCUGGACGUCAUCAUGCCCAGCACGGGACUCACGCCCCUCAGCACAAAUGCCCCCGUUUCAUUUUCCUCCGAUCCCAUUCUGACGCCAAAAACUCAACAGGAGGUGUUGGAUCUGUUCAACUUUGACGAGUCUGAGUUCAACACGCCCACGGACCCGACCGCAGGCUUGAACUGGGAGACUCUGACGGAACCGAGUGCCAGCUCAAGUUGACUGUAUGUCUGACGUGUCCGCGUCACACCGGGGUAUUAAGCUAAGUAUUCGUUCAUUGAUUGGCUCUCUACAUGACCGACCAGAUGAGCCGAGCCUUUUUAUUGGACCAAGUGCCUACGAUGGAGCCAAGUGGACCAAUCGGGAUGGGUUGGCGACAGUUGUGACUGAUAACGAGACGGGUGGACUGUUGUGAAGCUCUGACUUGUUGCGUCUUGUUAAACUGAAAAAAACACACAAAAAACCACAAAGUGUGCGUGUCACUUGGUCAUUAAUUCUGUUCUUUCAGAUAAAAGUAGAAGCCAGUUCAAGCCCAUUGCUCAUAAAAUAAAGAGUCAGAUUGUAGCUCAGAUUGAGUCUAGACCUUACUGCCAUACAAAUUACAAGCAGUUUUGAGUCUGAACAUUCAACUUUGAGCUUCAGUCAUGACUGUAAAUGUUUACUAAACACGGGCACUGGGUGAAGAUUGGUAUGAACCAAUUAAAUUCAUAGUUUGUUUCAGCCAAUCGCUUGCAUUGCCUGGUGUGGACCAAUCAUUGACAGGCCACUUGAAAAAGUUGGAAUACAGGCACAUAGACUGCUGACUUGUAUACUGUACUGAUAUGUGAUACAAACUCUCGACGUCUUUCUAGAAGAAAGCAGACAGGGAUGUUAGCACGUGACUGGAGUCACUGGCUGGACGAAGUUAAUCCUGUUAGCUAUGAAUUAGUUAUUGGUUUUCACAUUUGUCAUAUUAACAUUGUGAAUCUGUGUCAUGAGUUUCAUAAUAUAUAUAUAUAUAUAUAUA